AUCAGCCAGUGUGUGUGGGCGCCCCACAGACUGUAGCGGUGGCUGAGGGAGAGAAUACCCGCCUGACGUGUCGGGUCGACGCUCAGCCCAGCGACGCCCUCAGCUUCACCUGGUUCUUCAACAACACUCUGGACACCAUCCAGGUGGAGAAGGACCGCGUGACUGUCCUGGGAGGCCUCAGCAUGCUCGAUUAUACGCCCAGGUCGCCGCGGGACUACGGGACACUCUCCUGUUGGGCGACUAACACCGUUGGUACUCAGGCCGACCCUUGUCGCUUUACCGUCAUUGAGGCAGGGCCCCCCGAGCGUGUGGGGAACUGCGUGCUGGUCAACCUAACGAUCAACAGCCUGGAGGUGGGGUGCACCCCGGGUAACGACGGAGGGCUGCAGCAGCGGUUCGUGGCCCGGGUGUACGCCGCCCCCACACACACCCUCCUCGCCACCCUGCAGGAGGACCACUCCCCCAGGUUCCAGGUCGGGGGACUCACCCCGGGUCAAGACUAUCUUAUCGCUAUCACGGCCGUCAACGCCAAGGGCGCCAGCCAGCCCCAGCAGAUCAACGCUGUCCGCCUGAAGGUGGCGGAGAAGCGGAUGGGCGAGGUGGCCACCCCGCCCGUGUCGCCCCUCGUGGGCGUCUUCCUUGGCCUCGUGGGCGGCUUCGUCCUCCUCCUCCUGGCCGGGGUCCUCCUCUCCCGCGCCAGGUCCAACAGGUGCAGGUGCUUGGGUGAGAGGGGAGGUGAGAGAGACGUGGUGACCUCGGGCAGCUCACCCACCACCACCACCACGCCCUCCUCCGCCCACGCUCUCACUUUUCACAGCGAGAAGGAGAGAGCAGCGCCCGACGUCCUCAGAACUAUCAAUGAAACAGCUGAACUCCUUGACACGCGGAUAUGCCCAGAGAUCAUCCCACCGCGUGUUCCUCCGCCGCCUUACUCGCGCACGCAGACGCAGCAGCAGCAGCAGCAGCAGCAGCAGGGGUUGCUGAGGGGAACGCUGCAGGUGACGCCACUGGCCGCCGCCGCCGCCAGUGGGACAGGACGUGCCCUCUAUCGUGACACACCCAGUCCGCUCCACCUUCUUCAUGAAGAGAGCUUCGUGUAG